AGGAAGAUGACAGAAGUCAAUGAAAAUGAAGUCAAUGGCCGACUCCGGGGCAGACUUUGUGCUGGAGGUGACAGACUAACAUCCCUGAAAAUGGAAGAAGAAGCAGCCACUGAGGCUCCAAAAUCCACCCAGGAAUCUAUCCUUAAAGAAGAGACUAUUACAGAGAGAAAGUGGGUCAAGCUUGAACAGACAACCUAUGUAGAUCCGACAGGUAAAACAAGAGUAUGGGAGUCUGUCAAGCGCACAACCAGAAGAGAAGGGGUUUCAGCUGACGCGGUCACAAUUAUUCCUGUGUUGCAAAGAACUCUCCACUAUGAUUGUGUGGUCCUAGUGAAACAAUUUAGGCCUCCCAUGGGUGUGUGUACUGGCUUAGGAAUUUACUGUGUCCUGGCUCUGAUUGCAGUUCUGAUUUGUGCUGCAGGUCUAAUUGAUGAAAAAGAAAGUCCAGAGACUGCUGCUUUGCGUGAACUGAAGGAAGAAACGGGAUAUCAAGGGGAUAUCCUCGAGUGCUCUCCAGCACUAUGUUUGGACCCAGGCUUGACCAACUGCACGUCACACAUUGCGACCGUCACCAUCAAUGGCGACAGUCCUGUCAAUUUGAAGCCCAAACAGAAGCUUGGUGAAGGAGAAUUUGUGGAAGUAGUUACGCUACCAAAGAAAGAUUUCUUGCAGAGAAUUGAAGAGCUGGUGGCAGUUGAGCAUCUUAUAGUGGAUGCCAGAGUUUACGCUUACGCUUUGGCCUUGAAGCAUGCAACAGACACACCAUUUCAAGUACCAUUCAUGAAAUUCUGAGGCAGCAUCAUUUUUAGUCCUUUGGAAGUGUUUCCUUUAUCAUGUCAAAGGGCUGUGGAGUUGUCACAAUGGCACCUUUUCACUGAAAGUACUCGAAAUUACAUCCAACAGUAAUCAUGUUCAAAGACAACUGUGGGUGGGUAGUCUAAUGGUCUGAAAGACUGCAUUCAAUGUAAUUAACUUCUGGUACCUGACUAGAAUUAUCUUAGAAAAAAAUAAACGUCUUCACAUGC